UGAACUGUAAAGCGUCAACUUUACUUAAAACAAAAUGGCCGUCGUGUUGUGAAAAGUCAAACCUGUGGUCAAAACUUAUUUCAGACAUCUCCUAUCAUUGCGGAUAAUUAAAACCACUCUGCCUCAGUAUAAAUUAAAAUAUUUUUUGAGACUUUAGUAUUAACAUUGAACAUGGCGUGGUCGAUGCCAAAUUCGGGUCAAUGGAACCCCGGUAUCGGUAUGACGGCUGAUAUGAUGGGAUCCUAUACGCAGGAGCAGUGGGCGCUCAUGCAACAGCAGAAUUGGCAGCAAUGGUCACAAUGGCAACACCAGUACGCCCAAUGGCAAAAUCAAAUCGGCGGAGAGUAUGCAAAACACUUGCAAGGUUUACAGGCUCUGGCUGGAUUUCAACCUGUAGCAGCAGUUGCAGUACCACCACCAGUUCCACCCCCAGACAAGCCACCCCCUCCACCACCUCAUGAAAAUGAUCAACCCUUAUAUGGCAGUGCAGUAGUGAAGGCUGUCUCCAGUGCAUCAACUGUAAAACCUCUCAAGAGUACCCAACCGGACUGCAACAACGGUAACACCACAACAGGUAACAAUCAAAACAGGUCCUAUAUAGCAGAUCCACACUCAGAGAAGCAGUCUACUCAAGGAGUCAAUUCAGAGGCCCUCAGGAUGCUUGCAGAGGAGGAAAAAUCAUUCGACAUCCAAUUUCAAAAGUGGGAAGAGGAGAUUGAGAAAUGGAAAAAAGAGAAUGUAAACCACCCUGACAAGCAAGCCUACAGGGAAUAUGAGCAGAAGUUUGAAGCAUGUCGCGCACAGUUGCUGGAGCGCCGUCAGCUGAUGAAGAUUAAGAGGGAUAAUCUUAUGGGCAAUGUGCAACCUGCAUCCACAACCACAAAAACAGGUAAUAAUAAAAUAAAUGCUAUUCCUACUCCAUCAAAUACAACUGUAACUAAUUACACACCUAUUAAGCAAACAAAUGUCCAAUCAAAUGUACAAAAUAAAAAUAUUAAUGUACAAUCAAGCUAUUCAAAUAACAAACCAUCCCAAUAUGAGCAACAUAAUAACGCCCCCCACCAAGCAUAUAAGAGGAAUGAUAAUAAUAGAUCAGUGGAUCCCAAAGACAGAAAUUACGAUGCUUAUCAGAAUUUGGAUGCUGAGUAUAAAUCUGCACCACAAGUGAAUUCUAGUUUUAUGCCUGCUAGUAAAUCUUCUAAAAACAUACCAGGCUUGGACUUAGUGCCAGAAGUUGAUAAAUCUAAUAAGCAAGAGGUAAUUGACAUAACUGAAGACUUGCCACCGCAACAGCAAAAUCCUGCAGUUCCUGACUAUUCUAAAAUUUCAAAAGGUAUAAAUAAUAUCCUUGGAGACGAGAAAAUAAUGAAUAUUUUAUCAAUGAUGGCUAACCAAAAACCACCUUAUACUGAUGAAGCUAGUCUAGGUGGAUCUUACAGAGAAGGUUGGAAUAUGAUGCAGGCAAAUCAGUGGAAUACAAAUAGUAAUUCUUACAAUAAUGACAACAAUGAUCAACCUCAAAAUGUGCCAUACAGGCAACAGAAUAAUAUGAACAACUACCAAAAUUCCCAAGAACCAGGAUCACAUGUUAAUUCUUUUGAUGAUACUGAAUAUCAGAUGUAUAAUGCACAGCAAGGUCAAUAUUAUAACAGACAAAAUCAAUUUGCCAACCAAAAUAUGCCCCAGAGAGGAGAUUUUCCACAAUUUAGAUCCAAUAUACCACCACCAAGUACCAAUUUGCUCCCUUCAAGACAAAACAUGCCUACUCCAAGACCCAAUAUACCCUCACCAACACCCAAUAUGCCCCUUCCAAAUCUCAAUAAGUCCACUUUCAGGCCCAAUAUGCCACACCCAAGACCACUAUUACAAAAUUUUCCUCCACAGCAAAGUAAUAAUGAUUAUCCUCAUGGUGGAAUUGAAAAAAAGGAACUAAACCAGCAGAACCCUUCGAUUCAGCCAGUAAAACCAAAAUGGCUUGAUGAACCACUGUUUAAUCCAUCAAUCACAGUUGAAUAUGAUCAUAAGCCUCUAAGAUUGAAAGCUCGGGACUUCAUUGAACCGGUCCAAAUGUUUGAUUACGAUCAUAAGUCAAAAGAUGGUGAUAAUGAUAUAAAAAAAGACUUCGAGAAGGAAGUGGAUGAAUUAUUUUCAAGAAAACCAAGAACCACUGACCGUGACGUUUGGAGUUCUGAACGGCUUUUCUCAAGAGAUUAUGACAGAGGAUCAGCGAGGGAUGACUUUAAAGAUCGAUCUAAUGUGCCAAAUAGGUUUAGUGAGUUUUACGAUAGAAGGGUAGACGAUAGAAGAUAUGAUGACCGUGAUAGAUUAAGACGCCAAGAUUUUGAACGUAGAGAUAGAACAGGUGACAAUGAACGACUUAGAGACAUAGGGUAUGGGAGAGACAGGUUUACGGAAAGAGAUUUGGGGAUAGAGCGAGAUCUAGAACGCGAUAAGGAUUUCGGUCGAGAACGCGAUUUCCGUAGGGAUAGGGAUCCAGGGAGGGAUAGAGAUAUGGAUCGGGAAAUGGAUGUGAGUAGAGGCCGAGACUUUGGUAGAGAUAGAGAUUUACUUAGAGAAAGGGAUAAUGGGCGGGACAAGAAUUUUGGACGAGAUCCAGUAAGAGAUAGAUUUGACAGAAGAGACAUGAGUUGGAACCGUAGUCGAAGUCGUGAUAAGGAUAUUCGUAAAAGAGGGCAUAGCAGGGAAAACGAUUCAAAUGACAGUUUUGGUUCAAAAAAAACGAAGGACUCUAAGGAAGAUCCAGCACAAAGUCAAGGUCUUAGACAUGUAGUGAUGAUUGAUGAUCUCCUAGAACCUCCUGGACGUGAUAUCAGACCGGCGAAAAUUAUUAUUAUUCUCAGAGGUGUCCCUGGUAGCGGCAAAUCAUAUUUGGCCAAAUUAAUAAGAGAUAAGGAAGCAGAGCAGGGUGUUACAGUGAGGAUUAUGUCCAUUGAUGAUUAUUUUAUGCAUGAAAGUGAAAAAGAGGAAAAAGAUCCUAUUACUGGAAAAAUUACAAAAAAACCUUCACUUAAGUAUGAAUAUGACGAGACCCAGGUAGAAAAUUACAUGAACUCCUUAAGAAGAGCUUUCAAGAGGAGUUUGAAUGAUGGUUUCUUCACAUUUUUAAUAUUUGACGCCAUAAAUGAUCAAUUGAAGAGCUAUGCAGAAAUUUGGAGUUUCGGAAAGCAAAAAGGAUUUCAAGUUUACGUGUGCACAAUGGAGGCGGAUACGCAGACCUGUUACAAGAGGAACAUACAUAACAGGUCUUUAAAGGAUAUCGAAGAUAUAAAAAGUAGGUUUUACCGGACGCCCGCCCACCACAUACAGCUGGACGCGACAACACUUUUACAGAAUGCGUCCAUACGCGAAGUUCAAAUGGAGGACGCAGAGGACGUAACCAUGGAGGACGCAGACGUCGUUGAGGUCGAUAGUAGUUUUACGUCGAAAUGGGAGAAAAUGGACGACGCUGCCCAACUAGCGCGUCUCGACGGCACCAGCAAACCUCUUCGCCCGUCGCAGCUCUCUAUGGAAGACUACCUACAGCUAGACGAAUGGAAACCUAAUGUGUCCAAACCAGGAAAGAAAACUGUACGAUGGGCCGACUUAGAAGAAAGAAGAGAACAAGAGAAGAUGCGAGCUAUCGGUUUCGUAGUUGGCCAGACGGACUGGCAACGAAUGACUGACCCCACUAUGGGAUCCAGUGCACUCACUCAGACUAAAUAUAUCGAACGAGUUAGACGUUCUUAGUGUUAGAACUAUUAAGAAGCUUUCAGUGUGAAUUCGUGAAUAUGUCUACUACUACUACUCUUGAGUGUUACUUGCCUGAAUGAUAUCAUAUAUCAUCAUUGGUCUGAUAAAUCUACUCUAAUAAAAAAGACGAAAUAUAGUUUUUUUUGCUUGUCUGAUAUAAUAUAGUUAGUAUGAGUUAUAAUCCGGCCGCUGAAAGGAUGCCUUCAUGGCGUCUGACAGUUGGUCAUUUACAGCAAUAAAAAACAGUUGACAUACCGUUGUAACAGCGCAGUAUGAAUUGCUAAAAUGAUAUUAUCGUAUUUAUUUAACAUGAAAUUUAACACGAAAUAAUACUAAGUUGAUAUAAAGGAUAUAUAAAUAAUAAAACAACUGUUAUCCCAAAAUAUUCGUCAUAUUCAAAUUACGACCUGUCAGGAACGUAAUCUUUCAACAACCGAUCUAUUGUCAUUAUUCACUGGGACACGACAUUGGAUUGUCCGGUCUCGGCUAUUGAGAAUUCCAUUGUAAUUUCAGUCGAAUGUAAACAUUUAUGCCUUCAUCUGGAGCUACAGUCGACUAAAAUUACGAUUAAAUAACUUUAUUGAAAAGUUAUGAAGUUAUUUUCGCUUAGUACGAAAUAAUUAACACAAUCAUUUUAAUGGAAGCUCCAAGUGUGAGGAAAAGAAAACCGCAAAUAUCACUUAGUUUCCAAAAAUCGUAGAGUAGCUAAUAUUAUGCGUGUUUGGAUACGAAUUUAAUCAUCCAUAGAAAACCAUACCUUAUAUUAUUUAUUUGGUCUUGAUUCUUAUUUUAAAUCAAUUACAUCAAGAUACUGCUGAACUUUGUAAGUGCUAAGCUAUUUAGAUUUUACUAACUUUCUAAUAAGAAACAAUUGUCCAUUAAAAUAGUUAUUUUUAAUUGGAUAAUUUUGGACAUUGCGUGCGUUACAUAUCUGUCUUAUAUCUUACAAAAUCGAGUGUUUAUUAAUCUAUUCGAUCUACAUUUACUAAGCCAUAUUAAAAAUAAUUGAAGUUCCAUACAACAGUGACAAAGAAAUAAAAUAUUUACCUAUUUCUGGACUCAAAGGAAGCUGCUUAUCAGACUAUACGAAAAUGUCUGCUGCUUCAUAAAACGACCGCAAUUGACUAAACUGAUACAGCUGCCGAACCGCACUCUGAUCCUUUUUAUAUACCAAACUAUGAAAAUUUUUGACUGUGUGACUGGGUCACUGGUGUAAGACGAUAAAAAAGUCAACGUAGACUCUAUGGUAAAUUGUGACAUAAAUACUUAUACCAUAUGUACUUUCCUAGUUUUCUAUUUUGAUAAUUUUUCACAUCAUCAAGUAGUGAAAUUGUAAAAAGUAGUAAACUCACAAUGUUCUUUGCUGAAUGAGAAGACAUGUUUGACCGGCUUGGUUUAGUGUGCAUCAAAGUUUUAAAUAUUUCUAAUACUUUAUGAGGCGAUGCCGUUAAGGUAUUCUUCUAAAAAAAAUUGUAUAUAACUACGCACUUAAUAAAUUAGUUUCUGAAUAAAAUGGCUCUUUAUUUUUCU